AUGGCUCCUCUCACGACGGCAUCGCGCCUGCUUGCGCGGUCGGCCGUUUCCGCCCGGAGCUGCCAGGCACCGUCGACGCCGCGGGCGCUUGUCGCCGCCGCCGGCACGACCGCUACGGGCCCGUCGCCGUCUUCGUCCUCGUCCUUCAGCACGUCCGUGGCCCGCGCCGAGGCUGCCGGCAGCAGCUACACGUUCAAGAGCCCGUUCCGCGGCUCGUCCAAGGCCGAUAGCGUGCCGAGCUUUGGCGACUACCUGAGCAAGAACAGCGGCAGCACGAACCAGCUGUUUGGCUACUUUAUGGUCGGCACGCUCGGCGCCAUCUCGGCCGCCGGCGCCAAGUCGACCGUGCAGGAAUUCCUCGUCAACAUGUCCGCAUCGGCCGACGUGCUGGCCAUGGCCAAGGUCGAGGUCGACCUCAACACGAUCCCCGAGGGCAAGAACGUGAUCAUCAAGUGGCGCGGCAAGCCCGUCUUCAUCCGCCACCGCACCGAGGCCGAGAUCGCCGAGGCCAACACGGUCAACAUCCAGAGCCUGCGCGACCCCCAGGCCGACGCCGACCGGGUCAAGCGCCCCGAGUGGCUCGUCAUGCUGGGCGUCUGCACCCAUCUGGGCUGCGUGCCCAUCGGCGAGGCCGGUGACUAUGGCGGCUGGUUCUGCCCCUGCCACGGCUCGCACUACGACAUCUCUGGCCGCAUACGAAAGGGCCCGGCUCCGCUGAACCUCGAGAUCCCGCAGUACGACUUCCCCGAGGACGAACGGCUGGUGAUCGGUUAA